CUUCAAACCUCUCCUGAUGUAAAACAUUGUGGAACGUCAUUGUGUUUCACGUUCCAGUGCCAUAACAGCGACCCUAAUUUUAUUUCGUCUUGGGGGUACAAUGUCCAAGAAAUUCACCCUGUUCGGCUGUUUCUCUGGUUGGGGCAAGCCUCUUGAAUCAAAGAAGCUCACUAAAUUCCACACCCGCGAUCGUAGUGAAAGUUUAGCCGAUUUACCGUCGAUAACUGAGCUUUCACAUGUCAAUGCUACAGUUACGAAGUCUCACUGCGAACGCGAUGGGAGUGCCCGUGAAACGGUUUCACUAUCCACAGCAAGUCAAAUACCCGUUCUGGGAGAUACCACCUCGGCCAGCCUCGGAGGUUGGUCUUCUGUACAUCAUCCCGAGGGAUCAGCUGACCUGUCGAAAAUCAACUUACUGGCCAGUGAAGAUUCUUGCAGUCUCAUUCGACCAAUUUUGGGUGCUCUGUCACGUUCUAAUGAGCUUAGCGAAGAAUGCUACGAACGUCUCGAGUUGCUGGUUCAGCGUCUAGAACAUUUGGCUGGAAUUCGUUCGACCGUUGUCGACAGUCGCGGUCUCUUGGCAUUCCAAGCACUGAUCGAUAAAGUACUACCACACUACCUUGUCCUGAGCACUGGCCUUGGACCGGAAGUCAAACAGCAGUCGCUGCGGGUUCGUGAGGCCUUUGAACUGGUGCGCAAUCUUAUCAAACUUUCAAUCACAUACGUGAAACCAACCCCUAUUGUUUGGGAAGAAUACUACAAACCGGUGUCUUAUAAAUUGUUGGAAAUAGCCGAUUUCGACCAAAACAUGCCAGAUCCACUUUGCCGUCACCAGCUGACUAUGGUUGCAGAUUCGGCCAUUGUACUGGCUUGGUGUACUGUGCCGACGUCGUCCGUUCUGGUCAAGGAAAUUCGUGAGGCGACAAAUGCGUUUGCCAAUAAAGGUUUCCAGUAUUGCUAUUCCAGUCAUGCGACGCACACAGAAUGGAUACGUGCCUGGAUGGCUUGCAUCAAGGGAGUACAGGAUGUUGUAGACACUCAUUUCCGGUACGGCCUUACGUGGCUUCCUGAAGGUCCUAAGGUGCCACCACCCCCGAAGGCGAUACGUCCCAUGUUGAUGUAUGAUAAUGGGAGAGUUGCGUCAAACAGGACAACUACCAAGGUAUGUGACUCCAUCAGUUAUCUUCCUACUGAUAUGUGUCUUAUAGCGAACGUCCCUUCCGUGGGCCUCUACAAAGCCUCCAACCCUGUGUGAGACAAAUGGAGGCAUAGAUCCACAUGCGAAGUUACUAUCUGAAAUUUCCAGGACACGUAUGUCUUUGCGCCAUGUCUCUCCUCCUGAUAUACUUUUGUGAAAAAAUCGGAACCAUCAGCUUUCUGAGCUUUCAACCUUUGGUACUGCACACCGUCCUUUCGAACCUCAUGGUGGCGGUUCAUCUUCUUUCCUCAAUCAAUACCGAAUCGACCUUGUUGCAGCCCACGUGCUCUUGCAUUUAUAUCGCACAGUUUUUCCUUGGCUUGGAUGGUGACCUACUCAGUAACUUCACAGUGAUUUUAGAUCGAAACUUGCGAACGAAAUUGCUUUCUGCUUUUACGGCCGCUCAUCACCCCCCCACCCUUUGAAAAAAAAGACAACCCCUUAUUAGCCUGAUUUUCGAUCAGUCUUUUACUACUAUUCUUAUCUUAGUAUGAAUCAAAUCAAUUGUUAUACAUUGAACGAUAUUUUAAGUAGCUUUAACUCCUGUGUUCUUACGAACUUGCUCGACAUAGUGAUC